AUGGUGGCUAGGGCUGGGCACGGUUCGAGUAACCGAGUUUUUUCAGAGCUCAAGCCCGGGAAUUGCUUCUUGAGGCUGGUCUCGUCACCCGAUCCUGUCUGCAACAUUGCCACCGACUUUUCGGGAGGGAAGACAGGUGUCAAGCUCAGCCACCCGGCCGUGGUGUUUAGGGACCUGAUUAAGUACGUGCUCGGCCCGUUUUAUUACACCACGCCUAUGUGUGAUAAACCGGGCACUAGCAGUCCUGAUGAAGGUGAAAAUGAUGAUCAUGAUGAUGAUGAUGAUGGUGGCAAAGAGAGAAACUAUUAG